AUGGUACUACAGAACAAUUUUCUGGACACAUAUUAUGCAUACGCAGAAGUUGAUCCUAUAUCUCAAAGUGCACUAGCAGCUAUAUCAGAUUUGAUUUUAAGGCUAAAUUUGCCAGCAAUAAUUGCUAAUAAAGUGUGGGGCGAAUUAUCAAGAUAUGAACAUGCUGAAAAAGUGAUAAAUAAUUUUAUUUGUGAUUUUAGAGAUUUUUGGGAAUUUUUAAGCAAAAAAUAUAAAAGUAGUUUUACUAAUCCAGAAGCUAUUACAGCUAUAGAAAAUAAUGUUAACUUAUGGAAGAAAAGUAUGGAACGGGCUGUUGUUCAAAGUCAACAAUUACGUAGGGAAACAGAAACAAUGGGACCAAAUGCAGAGCUUAGUUAUUGGAGGAGAUUGCUUGCUCGUUUUUCAUCAAUCAUUGAACAUAUAAAAAGUCCAUAUAGUCAAACAUUUAUAAAUUUUUUAAUGAAUAUAAAAUCGAAACAUAUAAAAAAGUGGAAGAUAUUGGAAGAUCAUGUUGAGACAAUACAAAUUCUUGCAGAAGAUAAUGUGAAAUAUUUAUAUGCACUAGAAAAAUUUACACAACCCUUGUACAGACUUGAUCCAACAAAAAUGGGAGAAUAUUUGCCUCCGCUUAUGUAUGCUAUACGAAUGAUAUACGCUACUUCUCGAUUUUUUAAUACCAGACGAAUGGUCACUGCAGUUUUUGUUAAAAUGACAAAUCAAAUGAUUUUAGCAUGCAAAGCAUAUUUAACAGAAGAUGGCAAAAUAAAUAUUUGGGAUGAUUCGAAAUAUGAUAUGAUACUCAAAAUAAAGGAUUGCAUCACGUUGUGCGAUCAAUAUUACAACUAUUACAACGAAAUGUGCAAAGAAGUGAAAGAAUCUGUUGACGAGAAACCUUUCGAAGUAUCCGAAAUGUAUGUUUUCGGAAAGUUUAACACCUUCAAAGAUAGGAUAAUAAAAAUUAUGGAUGUUUUACAAACAGCAUUAAAGUACUUGCUCCUUUAUAAUUCCGCGAUAGAGAAAAUAGACGUAUUUGCAAACAAGUUCUCGAGUUUUUUCCACGAUAUUACAUCCAAAGAUUAUGAUCCAUUAAACCAUAGGAAACCGUACUUCGAUACUGAUUACGAUCAAUACAAGAAAAACGUAGCAGAGACAAUAGUAGAAUUAAGAAACUUCUUUUAUAACUGUGUAUCGGAAACGCCAAACAUAGCUGAAGCAUUGAGAGUAGUAUCAAGAUUUCAGAAAUUAAAGUUUAAAGAACUGAGAAUCGACAGGAAAUAUUUAGAACUCAUAUCAUUGUUUCAAAAAGAGAUCGAAGAUAUACGAGACAGAUAUAACGAAGACAGAUCAAAUACUCCGAUACCACGAAAUGUUCCACCUAUUGCCGGUCGUAUUUUGUGGAUCCGGCAACUUUUUAGACGCAUUGAAACCUCUAUGGAGAUAUACAAAGAAUGUAAACGAGUGAUUGUUCACGAUCAUAUGCAAAGGUGUAUUAGAAUUUACAAUGCCUUGAUCACUGUCUUCAUACACUAUGAGAUGAUAUAUCACAAAGCAUGGUAUGACUCCUCAGAGAUUGUUCGAUUGGCAUUAGCUUCUCCUUUGAUAAUAAGGCAUCCGGACACGAAUAAGUAUCACUUAAACUUUGAUUCGUACAUUAUCGAAGUGAUACGUGAAUCAGAACAUAUGGCUAGGUUUGAUUUGGAAGUACCUGAUUUUAUACAAAUAAUAACAUUUUGUAAAGAUAAGAUUUUUUCGUCGUACGAAACUGUGAAACAAUUGGUCAAAGAGAACGAUACAUUGAGACGGACAAUACCGUUAUUAUUCUUAAAUUUAAUGAAAAUUAUUUUGGUCGAUCUCGAGAUUGCUUUUCAACCUUGCUUGUCCGUAAUCACGUGGACGUCUUUGAAUAUCGACGAGGUAUGCGACACCAUAAAAAAUGCGAUUAUGUCUGUGCAAAUUUUUGUUAAAGAGAUAAAAGACAUGAAGGAAGCAAGAGUUGACGAAGUGUUCGAGUCUAUAUCAGAAGCAAUCUUGAUACAACUCACUGACGAUCCAAAGCAUCCAGUUCAACUUUUAGACGACAAUAUUGCUUAUGGACUCUCGGUGUCCGCUGAUCUUGAAAUUAAAUCAUCUGCAGCAGAGAAUGCAGUUAUUACAAUUAUAAACAAAUUUAUACAAUUUGUAAUUGAUGAGACUGUGCAAGAUAUUAAAUAUAAUUGGCUGGAUCGGGAUAAGAUACACAAGCAUAUUUCACAAACGAAAUUGACUAAAGGAAAAUACGAGCCAGGUUUCGCCCCCAUCGAAAGAACCCGUAAAGUUAACAUAACUAAAGUGCACAAUGAUUGUAUGGAAUUAUUUGCGUAUUUUCAUAAUAAACUCAUAGAGGCAUUGGUAAAGUGUACAAAAAAUUCCUUGGAGAUAUUAAGGAAAAAAGUCACUGAAAUGAGCCAUUUGAGAAAAGAUAGCAGUGACGAUAAAAAGAAAUCGCCAAUACUUUUAACGACAUUCAUCUUGCAAAUACCAAAUAUCACGAUAGUACCCGCGAUAGAAGAGUUGCAAUUUUAUUUUGGAAAAUUAGUGAUCGCCAUUGUUGAAAAUCAUAAAAAAAUUACGGCGUGGGGACAGCGUGAUAUCAAUAGAGAGUUAAUAAGUGAAAAUGGACUAAAGAAUUACUAUCAACUUAUAUCCGAUCAUAAAGAAAUAGUCCGAUGUGUAAUGAGCCUACAAGGUGCAAUUAUGACUAUAAAAGAAGAUAUUGAAGAACUUUGCAAUUAUUAUUUAAAGUAUUCGUAUAUAUGGAGCGAAGAUAGGAACCAGAUCGUGCAAAGUUUCGUUGAUUCUGAACCUAUCACUCAAGUAAUCAAAGAAAAAUUCGUGGAAUAUGAAGAAUUAGUUGCUGAAAUCGAAAAUCUGCCAGACUCACAUAUAGUUGGGCCUAUACAAAUUAGCAUGGGUAGAUUUCUAGUUGAAGCGCGUGCAUGGAAGACAUUGUUGGGUCAAAAGUUAUCUGCAACUUAUAAAGAGAAAUUAAAAAAGAUCACCGAAUAUAUAAAUGAGAAAAAUAAAGUUCUAGUUAGAGUAAUAAAAGAUUUGGAAGAUGUGAGGAUCGCGAUGAAAUGUUUAAGCGAAAUAAGAGAUGAUUUUAUAAUGUUGGACAUAGAAUUGAUCUUGAUCGAGGAAACGUACACGUUGAUGGGGAGAUUCACCAUCCCAAUUUCAAAAGAAGAACAGGAUAUAGUGGACGGUUUACGAUACAAUUUUACAAACAUGUUGAACAUGGCGAAACAAGUUCAAGCAAAAAUAUGCGAAAUGCAAGAGCCAUUGAAAAAAGAAUUGACCGAUGGUGUUGCAAUAUUUAAACAAGAGGUGAUAGAUUUUGAUCUUGAUUUUGAAUUGAAUGGUCCAAUGGUUGAAGGAAUACCGGCCAAAGAAGCUAGUGAUCGACUCAUAUUCUUUCAAGGCCGUCUUGACGAGUUAUGGGAGAAGUUCGAGACUUACAGUAGCGGUGAAAGUUUAUUCGGCAUUGAGAUAACAGAUUAUCCGCCUCUUCAUCAAAGGAAAAGAGAAAUUAAUUUGCUGCAGAAGUUAUACGGUUUGUAUUUGCAAGUGAUACGAACGAUCGACAGUUACUAUGAUAUACCUUGGGCCGAUAUCGAUAUCGAAGCUAUAGUGGCCGAGUUAGGCGAAUUUCAGAACAGAUGUCGACGAUUACCCAAAGCUAUGAGAAAUUGGCCAGCUUACAUCGAUUUGAAGAAGAAGAUCGACGACUUUAACGAGACUUGUCCAUUGUUAGAGAUGAUGGCUAAUAAAGCGAUGCAGCCCAGACAUUGGGAAAGAAUGUCGAAAUUGUGCAAAUAUCAUUUUGAUGUUGAAUCGGAGACAUUUACUCUGGCAUGCGUGAUGCAAGCACCUUUGUUGAAGUACAAAGAUGAAGUCGAGGAUAUAUGCAUCAGUGCGGUGAAAGAGCAAGAUAUAGAUAGCAAAUUAAAACAAAUAAUAGCAGAAUGGGCUAUUGUGGAUUUACAAUUCGCUCCUUUCAAACAAAGAGGAGAUUUAUUAUUGAAAGGUAUAGAAACAAUGGAGAUAAUAUCUCAACUCGAAGAUAGUUUGAUGAUCAUUAGUUCGCUUUUGGCAAAUCGAUAUAAUGCACCUUUCAAAAAAGAGAUACAAUUGUGGCAAAGUAAACUUAGCAAUACCUCUGAAAUUCUAGCAAAAUGGUUAACUGUACAGAAUUUAUGGGCUUACUUAGAAGCAGUAUUCAUUGGCGGAGAUAUAUCGAAACAACUUCCUGCAGAGGCGAAACGUUUUAAUAAUAUUGAUAAAUCAUGGGUAAAGAUUAUGUAUCGAGCACGUGAAAGAAUGAACGCUGUGGAAGUGUGCACAGGAGACGAAACGAUGCAACAAUUUUUACCACAUUUAUUGGAACAGUUAGAAUCCUGUCAGAAAUCUCUCAGCGGAUACUUGGAAACGAAACGAAGCAUAUUUCCAAGAUUUUGCUUCAUAUCAGAUCCUACAUUGUUGGAGAUACUUGGUCAAGCAGCUGAUUGUCACACUAUACAGAAAUAUCUCGAUGGUUUCUUUGACAAUAUUGGAAGAUUAGAGUUUCAUGAAAAAGAAUAUGAAAGAAUUGUGGCUAUGUAUUCUCGUGAAAAUGAGAAAGUUAUAUUAGAGAAAGAUGUUAUAUGUACAGGGGGUGUAGAAAAUUGGUUGAACACUUUGUUAUUAGUUCAUCAAUUUUCGGUAGGCAGUGUAAUUUCUCAAGGAUUGAUAACUCUUGCUAGUGAAGAUUUUGAUCCCAUAGCAUUGAUAGAUAAUACUAUUUUACAAGUAGGAUUGUUAGGUUUGCAAGUCUUAUGGACUCGUGAUUCUGAAAUAGCUCUUACUACAGUAAAACGAGACAGAGGAAUAAUGAAGCGGACGAAUCAAUGGUUUCUAGACUUAUUGAACAGUCUCAUUGAAGUGACUGUCAAAGAUUUGACGAAAUAUGCGAGAUCGAAAUACGAGGCCUUAAUUACUAUUCAUGUACAUCAAAGAGACAUGUUCGACGACAUGUGCACUCUCAGAAUUCGCAAUGUGAACGAUUUCGAAUGGUUGAAGCAAUGUAGAUAUUAUUAUAAUCCUGAGACGGAAGAAGUUCCUAUACAAAUCACAGACAUUGAUUUUAUCUAUCAAAAUGAGUUUCUAGGAUGUACCGACCGACUUGCUAUUACUCCUCUUACUGAUAGAUGCUACAUAACAUUAGCUCAAGCUGUGGGUAUGAAUUUUGGUGGUGCACCCGCGGGACCAGCCGGCACUGGUAAAACGGAAACCACAAAGGAUAUGGGGAAAGCACUUGGAAAAUACGUGGUGGUAUUUAAUUGCUCCGACCAAAUGGAUUUCCGCGGUCUAGGUAGAAUAUUUAAAGGAUUAGCCAUGUCUGGAUCCUGGGGCUGCUUCGACGAGUUUAACCGUAUCGAUUUACCGGUUUUGUCGGUCGCUGCUCAGCAAAUAGCAAUCGUGCUCACUGCAAGAAAAGAAAGAAAAACAAUUUUUCUUUUUAGCGAUGGCGAAAUGUACAAAUUAAACUAUGAGCUUGGAAUUUUUAUCACUAUGAAUCCUGGCUAUGCUGGUCGUCAAGAAUUGCCGGAAAAUUUAAAGAUACAGUUCAGAAGUGUAUCUAUGAUGGUUCCUGAUAGACAAAUAAUUAUGCGUGUGAAAUUGGCAGCUUGUGGUUUCAAAGAAAACGUUAUAUUAGCACGAAAGUUUUUCACCCUGUACAAACUGUGCGAGGAGCAAUUAAGCAAGCAAGUACAUUACGAUUUCGGUUUAAGAAAUAUAUUAUCUUGCUUGCGAACUCUUGGUGCACAAAAACGAGCGAAUCCAUUGGAUUCCGAGGAAACCACUUUAAUGAGAGUUUUGAGAGAUAUGAAUCUAUCAAAAUUGGUAGACGAAGACGAACCUUUGUUCAUGUCCCUUAUCGAAGAUAUGUUCCCAGGAAUAAAGAUCAAGGUUCACGUAUACAAAGAAUUGCAAAAGGCGAUCGCAAAUGCAACUGUUGCACUUGGUAUAAUGAAUAAUCCCGAAUGGAAUUUGAAGACGGUCCAAUUGUAUGAAACUUCUCUGGUUCGCCAUGGUUUAAUGGUGCUUGGUCCAACAGGAUCUGGAAAAACUAUGUGUAUGUGGGCGCUUAUGAAAGCUUUAACAGAGAUGGGUAUGCCUCAUAAAGAAGUCAGAAUGAAUCCUAAAGCCAUAACCGCCUCCCAAAUGUUCGGUAAAUUGGAUGUAGCGACGAAUGAUUGGACAGACGGUAUUUUCUCAAUAAUAUGGAGAAGAUCGACGCAGACCAAGAAAACGGAGAAUUUAUGGAUGGUUUUGGACGGCCCUGUGGAUGCUGUAUGGAUCGAGAAUUUAAAUUCGGUGCUGGAUGAUAAUAAGACGCUGACUCUAGCGAAUGGCGAUCGCAUAAUCAUGGCGGCGAACACUAAAUUGGUCUUUGAACCAGAUAAUGUCGAUAAUGCAUCGCCAGCCACGAUAUCCCGUAUGGGUAUGGUGUUCAUAAGUGCUUCUGUACUCAAAUGGUAUACCAUUCUGCAGGGAUGGUUCAAGAAACAACCACCUGCAUUGGUAGAGAUAUUGAAUAAUUUAUUCAAUAAAAUUUAUAACGACGCUCAUUUAUUCGUUCAAACGAGGCUUCCUGUAAAAAUGGCUAUUUUGGAAGCUAUGUAUAUAAGACAAUGUAUUGAUCUAUUAGAUGGCUUGCUUUAUGUGAAUAAAGAUGUAACUAAAAUCCUUCCUGAUUUUCAUGUGGAAAGGAUAUUCCUCUUCUCGCUUAUGUGGACUUUGAGCGCUGCAUUGGAAAUAGAAGAACGUAAUCAAUUGCAAGAAUUUGUACUUCUUCACGAAUCGAAGUGUCAUUGGCCAAUAUGCAAUGACGACGAAACCAUUUUUGAAUACUUGGUAUCAGAAGAUGGACAAUGGAUACAUUGGUCUGAAAAAGUUCCACAGUUCAUUUAUCCACGAGAUAAAAUUAUCAAAUACUAUACUAUUCUUGUUCCUAACAUAGACAAUACAAGGACCAUGUUUCUGGUUGAAACAAUUGCAAAACAAGGAAAAGCAGUGUUGCUUAUAGGAGAGCAAGGUACUGCAAAAACAGUCAUAAUCAAAAGCUACAUGUCCCACUAUAAUCCGGAAGAGCAUCUGUGCAAAUCCUUUAGUUUUUCUUCCGCGUCCACUCCUAAUAUGGUUCAAAGGGUUUUCGAAAGUUACGUGGAGAAAAGAGUGGGAACCACUUAUGGUCCUCCGGGUGGCCGAAAAAUGACCAUUUUCAUCGAUGAUAUAAAUAUGCCAGAAAUAAAUGAAUGGGGAGAUCAAAUUACAAAUGAGAUUGUCCGUCAACUGAUGGAGUAUGGAGGUUUUUACUCUUUGGAUAAGCCUGGUGAUUUCUCUACUAUACAAGAUAUCCAAAUACUCGCCGCCAUGAUUCAUCCAGGCGGAGGUAGAAAUGAUAUACCGCCAAGAUUGAAAAGACAAUUUAAUAUUUUUAACUGUACAUUGCCAUCGAAUAAAUCCAUGGAUACGAUUUUUAGAAGCAUUGGAGAAGGAUACUUCUGCAUUAACAGAUUCAAUGAAGAGAUAGUGGAAUUCUUGCCAAAAUUGAUACCUCUGACGAGAGUUUUAUGGCAACAGACUAAGAUAAAAAUGUUACCCACACCGGCAAAAUUCCAUUACGUUUUUAAUUUAAGAGAUUUAUCUCGAAUUUGGGAAGGUAUUCUUAGAAUCGAGAGAGCCGAAUGCGAUUCUAGAACCAGACUAUUGAAGCUCUGGGAGCACGAGUGUACUCGUGUAAUUGCGGAUCGAUUUACAAGCGAGGAGGAUACUACGUGGUUCGUGAAUACAUUAAGACGAACAGCUGAGAAGAUGUUAGGUCCAGAUUUUAUUUUCUAUGAUCCCGUAGAGACAUAUUUUGUAAAUUUUCUACGUGAACCACCGGAACCUACCGGAGAUGAGCCAGAAGAUUUUGUUUUCGAGGCGCCAAAAAUUUAUGAAGAAAUGCCAAGUUUUGAAUUUGUGAUCGCAAAGGUCGAACAAAAUAUGGAACAAUUCAACGAAUACAUUCGAGGGUUAACUCUUGAUUUAGUAUUCUUCCAUGAUGCUUUGGUACAUUUGAUGCGAAUAUCGAGAAUCCUGGGUGUUCCUCGAAGCAAUGCGAUGCUGGUGGGAGUUGGAGGAUCAGGCAAACAAAGUCUCACUCGUCUUGCCGCUUUUAUUGCCGGCUUUAACUUUUUCCAGAUUGUAUUAACCAGGAUUUAUAAUGUUCCAAGUUUAUUGGAGGAUAUAAGAAAAGUGUAUCAUGCAGCUGGUACAGGGAGCAAAGGGCAGACAUUUAUAUUUACCGAUAAUGAAAUAAAAGAGGAAGCUUUCCUGGAAUACAUUAACAAUAUAUUAAGCGUUGGAGAGAUUGCAGGUCUGUUCCCAGCUGAUGAAAUGGAUGACAUCCGAACGACAGUGACUCCUAUGAUGAAGCAUGACGAUCCAAGACGACCACCAACUCCUGAUAAUCUUUAUGAUUAUUUUUUGACACGUGCAAAGGACAAUCUGCACAUGGUUUUAUGCUUUUCACCAGUUGGUGAAAAGUUCAGAUCUCGUUCAUUAAAAUUCCCUGGUCUUAUAUCCGGUUGUACGCUAAAUUGGUUUUGGAAAUGGCCCAUUGAUGCUUUAUACGCGGUCAGUGGUCAUUUCUUGGAAGGAUAUAAAAUUAUAGCUAGUCCAGAAGUAAAACAACAAUUGGUAGAAGUUAUGGGAGACAUCCACAAUUAUAUAAACGAUAUAUGCGUGCAAUACUUUGAAAGAUUUCGAAGACAAGUAUACGUCACUCCAAAAUCAUUCUUAACAUUUCUAAAUGGAUAUAAAACACUUUACAAGCAACGUUUGGAUAAUAUUAACACUCUUGCAUUUCGUAUGAGCAGUGGUUUAAGUAAGUUAGUCGAUGCUGCGGCUCAAGUUGACGAAUUACGUAAAGUUCUUGAGAAAAAUCAGCAAGAGAUCGCUGAGAAAAAUGUGCAAGUCGAAGCUAUUUUAGUUACUGUAAAUCAAAAAAAGAAAGAAGCAGAAACGGUAAAGGCACAAGUGCAAGUUUCUAAGGAUGAGGCAGAAACUAUUUUGAAAUCGAUUGCAAAAGACAAAGCGGUAGCGGAACAAAAAUUGAAAGCUGCUGAGCCUGCUUUAUUGGCAGCAGAAGCUGCCUUGCAAACUAUAAAAGCUGCCGACAUUGCUACAGUGAGGAAAUUAGGAAAACCACCAUAUCUGAUUACUCUUAUCAUGGAUUGCGUGAUAAUAUUGUUUGGAAGAAAAUUGGAGCCCGUUAAACCUGAUUAUGAGCAUCAAUUUUUGAGUCCUUCAUGGGGUGAAGCAUUAAAGAUGAUGGCUGAUGUUAGAUUUCUAUACAAUUUGCAACAUUUCCCGAAGGAUAACAUCAACGCUGAAACUAUCGAUUUAAUGCAACCAUACUUGAAUUAUCAUUUAUACACGUAUGAAGCUGCAUUGCAAGCUUGUGGAAAUGUUGCUGGUCUCAUUCAAUGGACCAUUUCUAUGGUUACGUUUUAUGAUAAUAAAGAUGUUCUUCCUUUAAAAGCAAAUUUGGCAGUGCAAGAGAGUAAAUAUGAAAAAGCAAAUAAAAAUCUAAUGGAAGCUGAAAGUCUUUUGAGAGAAAAAGACGAAGAUUUGAAAGUCGUACAGAAGGAGUUCGAUGCCGUGAUGGAAGAACGCCAAAAAAUAAUUGAUUUAGCCGAAAUUUGCCAAGCAAAAACGGACACCGCCACAGCAAUGAUAGAAGGUCUUUCUGGCGAAAGAAUAAGAUGGACGGAGCAAUUGACUGCAUUUAAAUCGGAAAUUGAUCGUUUGGUCGGCGAUAUAUUGAUCCUAAUAGGUUUCUUAUCAUAUUGUGGACCCUUUAAUCAAGAAUUCAGAACCAUGGUGCAAAGGCAAUGGUUUGAAUUUAUCCAGAAUCGAAAAAUUCCAAUUUCUCUCGUGAUAAAUAUUACAGCCAGUUUGAUCGAUACUGCUACCAUUGGAGAAUGGAAUUUGCAAGGCCUUCCAACGGAUGAUUUAUCUAUUCAAAAUGGAAUUAUAGUAACACAAGCACAUAGAUAUCCUCUUUUAAUUGAUCCACAAUUGCAAGGUAAAGCUUGGAUCAGGAAGAAGGAGGCAGAAUUUUAUUUACAGCCCACGUUUCUUGCACACAAAUAUUUUAGAAAUCAUUUGGAAGAUUGUGUUUCUUUAGGUCGUCCAUUGUUGAUCGAAGAUGUAGGAGAGGAUUUGGAUCCUGUUUUAGAUAAUUUGUUAGAACAUAAUUUUAUAAAAAUAGGAACUACUUUGAAGGUAAUAUUUAAAUUCUUUCAUAAAAGAUCCGAUUAUAAAAAUAUUGAUAUAUUUCCACAGGUAAAAUUAGGUGAUAAAGAAGUGGAUAUUCAUAAGGAUUUUAGACUUUACAUCACUACGAAGUUACCGAAUCCAGUAUAUACACCAGAAAUAUUUGCACGUGCUGCUAUAAUUGAUUUUACGGUCACUAUAAAAGGAUUAGAAGAUCAAUUAUUGGGAAGAGUUAUUUUAACAGAGAAAAAAGAAUUAGAAACAGAAAAAACACAAUUGAUAGCAGAUGUAACUGCAAACAAUAGAAAGAUCAAAGAAUUGGAAGCUAAUCUUUUGCAUAAAUUGACCACCGUAGAAGGACCUUUAAUAGAAGAUGUAGAAUUAAUGUCUGUUUUAAAUAUAACGAAACAAACUGCAGCUGAGAUCAAUGAAAAAUUAAGUAUCGCCAAAGAUACGGAAUUAAGAAUUGAUACAGCACGUGAAGAAUUUCGGCCAGUCGCGACACGUGGAAGUGUUUUAUACUUUUUAAUUUGCGAUAUGUCUUUAGUCAAUUGCAUGUAUCAAACAUCACUCGUCCAAUUCUUGGAACGUUUCGAUCUUUCUAUGGAUAGAUCUGAAAAGAGUCCAGUUACUCAAAGAAGAAUCAAUUUUAUCAUCGAGUAUCUCACCUUUGUUUUUAAAUAUAAAGCAAGGGGCCUUUAUGAGAUUCAUAAAUACAUGUACAUUUUAUUAAUGACGUUAAAGAUUGAUUUACAACGGGAAUUUAUUAAUCAUGAAGAAUUUCAAUACUUCAUAAAAGGUGGUGCAGCCUUAGAUUUGAAUACUGUUACGCCAAAACCUUGCAAAUGGAUUACUGAUAUGACUUGGCUUAAUUUAAUCGCAUUAUCUGCCUUAAGACACUUUCAAUACAUUCCUUCUCAAAUACCAGCAUCUGAAAAACAAUGGAAACAAUGGUUUGAUAAACCUACUCCAGAAGAAGAAGUAAUACCAAAUGGCUAUAACAAUUUAGAUACUUUUCGUCGUUUAUUGUUAAUUAGAGCAUGGUGUACAGAUAGAACUCUACCACAAUCGCGAAAAUAUAUAUCAAGUUCUUUGGGAGAAAGAUAUGCAGAACCUGUAAUUACACUUUUUGAUGUAAUGCAUAGUGAAUCAAGGCCAAACACUCCAAUGAUUUGUUUUCUAAGUAUGGGAUCCGAUCCUACACCUGCUAUAGAACACCUUGCUAAGAAACUAGAGAUUGUAUGUAAAAGUAUCUCAAUGGGACAAGGACAAGAAGUCCAUGCAAGAAGAUUACUUCAAAGCGCAAAAACUGAAGGUUUCUGGGCAUUAUGUCAAAAUUGCCAUUUGGGUUUGGAAUAUAUGUCUGAAUUAGUUAACUUUCUUUUGGAAAUGGAAGACUCACAUCCUGAUUUUCGCAUAUGGAUCACCACAGAACCGCAUAAAAAUUUUCCAAUAUCUCUUUUACAAAUGUCUAUAAAAUUUACUUAUGAGCCUCCAAGAGGAAUAAGAGCAGGUUUACUUGCUACAUAUAGUGGAAUGCAUCAAGAAAUGUUAGAUCAAUGUGAUGCUUGGCAAUAUAUACCAAUUAUAUACACAAUAUCAUUUUUGCAUACUGUUGUACAAGAAAGAAGAAAAUUUGGUCCCCUUGGUUGGAAUAUACCAUAUGAAUUUAAUAUGUCUGAUUGGUUGGCAUCUUGUAUAUUUAUUAACAAUUAUUUAAAUGAGUUUGAUGUAAAACUAGGAAUUAGUUGGCAUACUGUAAGAUAUAUGAUAGCAGAAGUGCAAUAUGGAGGACGUGUCACAGAUGAUUAUGAUAAAAGAUUGUUGAAUACAUUUACUAAACUGUGGUUUUAUGAUACUAUUUUUGCAGAAGAUUUUCAAUUUUAUAAAGGAUAUACAGUCUUAACUUAUAAGACUGUACAAGAAUAUUUAAAAGUAAUUGAUGAAAUGAAUACUGUAGAUCCACCACAAGUUUAUGGUUUGCAUGCUAAUGCAAAUAUUACAUAUAUGGCUAACACUACACAGGCUGUUUUAGAUAAUAUAUUAUCUGUACAACCAAAAGAAGCAGGUAUAGUUGGUGCUGAAACCAGGGAAGUAGUUGUAACUAGACAAGCAAAUGAAAUGUUAAAAAAAUUACCAUCAAGUUAUGAUCCAUAUGAAGUGAAACAAAGAUGUCAAAUAUUAGGAGCCACUGCACCAAUGACUAUUUUUUUGAGACAAGAAAUUGAUAGAAUACAAGUAGUUAUUAAAUUAGUGGAUGCUAUGUUGAAAGAUCUUUUACUUGCCAUAGAAGGUGUUAUCAUAAUGUGCGACGAAUUAAGAGAUGCUCUUGAUAAUAUAUAUGAUGCUAAAGUACCAAAGUUAUGGAUAGUAAAAUCAUGGGAGUCUGCUUCUCUUGGUUUUUGGUUUACUGAAUUAUUAGAAAGAAAUAAACAAUUUUCUUCUUGGUUAUUUACUGGUAGACCAGCAAAAUUUUGGAUGACUGGAUUUUUUAAUCCUCAAGGAUUUUUGACUGCAAUGAAGCAAGAAGUAACAAGAGCUCAUAAAGGAUGGGCUUUGGAUAAUGUAACUUUACAUAAUGAAGUUCUACGCUACACAGCAGAAGAAAUUAAAACUCCACCUGCAGAAGGAGUUUUUGUAUAUGGACUAUUUCUUGAAGGAGCUGGAUGGGAUAAAAGGAAUAAUAGAUUAUGUGAAUCAGCAAGUAAAAUUCUAUUUGUAUUAAUGCCCGUUAUUCAUAUUUUUGCCUUAUACAAUGUUCCUGACAAAGACCCAAAAUUAUAUCAAUGUCCAGUAUAUAAAAAACCACAAAGAACAUAUGUGUUAUUAAUAACACCAUUAUGGUUACAAACGAUUAGACCACCGGAUUUUUGGAUUCUACGUGGAGUUGCAUUAUUAUGUGAUAUUAAAUAAAAUGAACAUAAAAUGCAUGAUACAUUAAAAUUAUAAAAUAAUACGAUAAUCAUUCGAUUUCAUAAAUUAUAAACAAUUUCAU